AUGGACGUCGUACUGCGAGAAAGCGCAUUUGGUCGCCUCCUCAACUACAUUUCCGAUAACAGGCUCUUCCCAGCCACUGAGCAUGAAAUACCAAAGGGCGAGUCCUUUGCCCACACAGGCUCGUCAGAUACUGCAUCCACUGCUGUUGCCCAGAUUAUAGUGGAUUUCACUGGGCGAGAUGAUCCUGACUUUCCCAGGAACUGGCCGGUCCUGGCAAAGACCAUGACCAUGCUCAGUGUGAUGCUGUUGAACUUCAGUUUUUACGCGGCGUCAGCGAUAUUCACCCCGAGUAUUCCAAAGAUCGAGAAGAAUUUUGAUGCAACCACUGCAGAGGGGACACUUGGGCUCUCGCUCUUUGUCAUAGCAUAUGGUAUCGGGCCUCUUAUCCUUUCUCCCCUAUCGAGUCUGCCAUCCAUUGGACGGACAGCUGUAUACAUCCUUGGCUCUGUUGCCUUCUGCCUCUUCAACAUAGGCACAGCUCUUGCGAGGAACCUCGAGACGAUUCUGAUACUACGGUUUCUCGGCGGCUUCGUCGGAAGUGCACCUAUCAGCGUCGGAGGUGCAACGUUGAUGGAAGUGUACCAGCCGGAAGCCAUUCCAUAUGCUAUCGCUCUGUAUGCAGUCAGUGGAGUUUGUGGGCCAAUUCUGGGGCCUAUUCUUGGAACCCUAGUCGUCGAGCGUUGGAAAACCUGGACCGCGACUCUAUGGUUGAUCGCAGGUGUCUCAGCAUUCACGACAACUUUUAUCUUCUUCUUUCUGCCCGAGACCCUGUAUUCAAACAUUCUUUCUCGCCGCGCACGACGGCUCCGUAUUCGAACAGGUAACCCAGCUUACCAGAGCCGAGCCGAAUCAAUCGCGACAGAGGGAAACCUUGCUGUGCGGAUUGCAAAGCAAACAAUUGAUGAUUUCAAGCUGUCUUGCACGGAUCCGGUAAUCCUGUUUGUGAACAUGCAUACCAUGCUCAUUUACGGUGUGUUGUAUCUGUGGUUUGAAUUCUUCCCAUUUGUAUUUGAUGGCAUUUACCAUUUCACACCUAUUCAACAAGGCUUGGCCUUCUUUGGUAUUCUUAUUGGCGCCGUCGUGUCCGUCAUCGCCUACCUGCUCUGGCUAUACUUCUCCUACCAACCCCGAGUUGCAAAGCCAGAAGUCACCGUGGAGCCCGAAGCCCGCCUCAUCCCGGGUCAGGUAGGGGCAGUUUGCAUCCCUAUCUGCCUCUUUAUCUUUGCAUGGACAUCUCGAGAAAGCGUACACUGGAUCGUCCCCAUCAUCGGCUCCGCGUUCUUCGCCCCGGGAUUCUACCUAACUUUCCAAUCUAUCCUUAACUAUCUCGGCGAGUCAUACCCCCGGUACGUGGCAAGUGUGUUUGCGGGCAACACCUUCUUCCGCAGCUCGUUUGGCGGCGCCUUACCCUUGGCUGCUCCUCGCAUGCUGGGAUCACUUGGGAUCGGAUGGGCGUCGAGCACGCUAGGGUUUAUUUCCCUCGCCAUGCUUCCUCUGCCAUUUAUCUUGGGGCGGUAUGGGAAGCGCUUGCGCUCAUGGAGCAAGUAUGCGAACUAA